CGUUACAUGAUACGCAUGAUGUGUGGAAACGCACAUGGAAGAUGUUUUUGUGCUAUUUCGAGAUAAACUAGUAAAAGUAAUUUUAAUGAAUUCUAUAUCGCUUUAAUAUAAUCAAUAGUUUGCUUGCAAAACACGUCGAUUAGCAAGAAGAUACGAAGCAAAAAUGGAGAAAAGUAUCCACGUGCAAGUUGAAGACAAUUCGCUUUCAAUAGAGCACAUCUUGCGUCCAAUAUCGUACACUUCCUGGCUCUUGGGUGUCGGCGUUGCUCGUCCGCGAAAGUGUCCUAAGACUAUAACAAUAAUCAUACGUAUUGUACAUCUGGUUGUGUGUACCUUAUAUGUGGUGUACAGUAUAAGAGACUUCUUCAUAUAUGGCAGUAUCUUUGCUCUUGACUCCGACAUAUUUGAGUUUAUAGGCGUCACGAACAGGGUGACGCUCAAUGCAUCGAUGUAUUAUAACAUUUAUCAUGGGAUCAGGCAGUACGACAAGUGGCCAGAGCUUAUGGACAGAAUAAAAGAGCUUGAUCAGAAGAUCAGGAGGGAAACACCCAUGAAUGAUCGACCUGUAAAAAACUUGGAAGCACUAGCGAUUCUGACGACGCUCGCUUGGUGUCCUUUAGCUCUGAUCAUACACGUGCUUUAUUACUUUAUAAAUUCAGAGGACAUUUACGUGACCGACGUUCUGUUUUAUUACGUGACAGCCCAGUCCUUGAUUAACAGUUUCGUCUUUGACGUUGUCGUUUAUGUGCUCUAUUGUAGAUUCAAAACGGCAAAUAAAUUGAUUAGACAGUUGAAUAAGCCAAAUGAGUUGAAUGAAUCACUAUCUGAUCCAUCAUGGAUCGUGCUAAGGAUUAGACGCAUCAGAGAAUUGUAUAUGGGUAUUUGUCAUCUGGUCAGCAUGGUAAACGAUAUCCACGGCGUUCAUCUCCUCUUUUGUUCAGCGACCUGCUUUGUCAUGGUUGUGACUAUACUAAUCACAAUAUACAUGGGUGUUGUGGAGAAAAACUACUCGUAUACAUUGAUAAAUAAUAUCUCUUGGAUAACGUAUGCCACGCAAUUUGGUCUGAUGUGCUGCGUUUGCACACUCACGCGUCAAGAAUCUGACAAGAUCGGAGGAUCUAUGUACGAAUGUGUACUGAAUGGUAAACUUAUGAAUCUUGACGAAAUAAGCGGGGCGAGAAAUGAAUCGAGUCUAGGGGUGCGUCUACAACUUGAAGACUCGGGCAGCGAGCAAAAUUGUAAUUGGAGCAGCAGCGGUCACAAUCUGAAUUACGCCGUCUUGGAAAAUCUCUUGCGUAAAAACUUGAAUCGAAACUGUAUCAGAAACGAGAUCAAUGAUUUUUCAAUUCAACUGCAACAAUACCGAGUAUCAUUUACGGCUUGUGAUUUCUUUGAAAUGAGCAAUGCUUUUCUCGGUGGUUUCUUCGGGAUGAUCAUCACUUAUCUAGUAAUCUUCAUACAAUUCUACCAACAACCUGAUACAGACAAAAACGUAGUAGAACGUUUAAUGAAUAUAUUCUAAGAUUUAGGAGUGCCAAUUUUUUUUUUUGUAUUAAAUUUGUAUUACGUAUUGACGAUGAUGGGUUUUUUUAAUAUUGAAAUUUGAUGAUCAAAAGAAAUUAAUUAUAUUAAAUGAACAACAUCAACCCAUAUAUAAAAACACAAAUAUUAAGCAAAAAGCCUUGCAGGUUAUAGCAAGAUCUUAGUGCUGAUAUUUAUUGUGUAAUUUUAUAGUCAGUUUCAAGUUUAUGGAACUGCGCACUGAAUAACUUUUCAGUCUGUUCAAAAUAAACUGCAAUGGACACCUUUAAAAUAUAUGCAGUUAUCAUGUUGAGAGAAGCCAUACAUUCAUGAAAAAAAGCAUAUGUGCCCAAAAAAUUUAUUAUAUGGUACAAGUCAAUUAAGAAAAUUGGAAACUAAUAACUAUACCUACUCUUCAUACAUAAUUAAAUUAUGUUAAAAGCGACAAAAAAUUAAAGCACAGCUGAUUCGAAUUUGAAUUCAGGAUCCUUCCUUCUCACACGAACAAUAAUGUGGCUGUCACUCUUCAUCAAAUUCAAUUAUUUCCGUUAUUAUUUUGAUCAAUAUCUAAUCUACCUAAUGGUCCUAUACAUCGUACAAUAUAUGUGUAUUAUAAUUAUACAUAUAAAAUGUAUAUACAUAAAUAUAUAUGAAUGUACAUGU